AUGUCUCAACGUUCGAGUGCCCCUGUGAAACUUUCGUUACCCUUGCAAUACCAACAAGACCUUUUCAACGAGCUCCGAGGUGACGAUGAGCUUGUUAUUCUCGCCCGAGGCCUCGGGCUUCUGCGCCUCGUGACGAAUCUACUUCAUACCUACGAUGCGGCAGGAAACAAUUUAGUACUUAUUGUGGGAGCUGAUGACCGAGAAAAUGAGUGGAUCGGCGAAGCGCUUGCCGAGCACUAUGCAAUCAGCAAGUCGCCGCUGGCGCGUGGAUUGAAAGUGAUAAACACCGAUAGAGCCAGUGUACCUAUAAGAGCCAAGAUAUAUGCGCAAGGCGGUAUAUUGAGCGUGACAUCACGUAUACUUGUUGUGGACUUAUUAUCAAAACUGCUUGAUCCAGAAAAGAUCACCGGUAUUAUUUUGCUGCACGCAGAGAGGGUCGUAGCGACAGCUUUAGAAGCGUUUAUAAUUCGCGUCUAUCGUCAAUUUAAUAAAAGUGGCUUCCUGAAAGCGUUUUCUGAUACCCCUGAACCCUUCACUACUGGUUUCGCGCCUUUGUCGAACAUGAUGCGAAAUCUCUUUUUGCGAAAACCUUCACUCUGGCCGAGAUUUCAUGUCACUGUCGCGGAAUCUCUAGAAGGUCGACGUAAAGCGGAAGUGAUAGAACUUGAAGUUCCAAUGAGCGACAAAAUGAGAGAGAUUCAGAAUGCCGUUCUUGAGUGUGUUGAAACGAGCAUUUCUGAACUGAAAAAGGCCAAUUCUGGCUUAGACAUGGAAGAUUGGACGUUGGAUAGUGCUCUGCAUAAAAACUUCGAUGUAUCGAUACGAAGACAAUUGGAGCCUAUAUGGCAUCGUGUUAGCUUCAGGACUCGGCAAAUUGCAAGUGACUUGACAGUUUUGAGAGCCAUACUACAGUCUCUUUUAACAUACGAUGCUGUAUCUUUACUGAAAUACUUGGACACUAUUGUCGCAGCGCAUGCCGCUCCUCCAGGUUCAACACGACAUAACUUCUCUCCAUGGCUUUUUCUAGAUGCCGCACAUGUAUUGUUCGAAACAGCAAAAUCACGCGUAUAUAGAGGCAAGAUAACUGGUGGUGAUACCAUGUCCUCUUCGACAUCUUUUUCAGCGGCUCUACAACCCGUGUUAGAAGAACAACCAAAGUGGAAUGUUCUUGCAGACAUCUUGCAAGAAAUUGAACAAGACGCGUACCUUAACCCUGUGACGCGUGACGACUCAAAUAGUACCGUCUUAAUCAUGUGCAGUGAUCAACAAACAUGCAGACAACUUCGAAGCUUCUUAGAAUUAAUGUAUGUGAGACCUAGCCGCGAAGCUAAUAACGACGAAAAUGAUGCGAAUGAAAACAAUCUUUCCGAAGGGGCUUCGGCUGAAGUGAUGAUGCGAAGGAAGCUCAGAGAAUACCUGAAUUGGAAGCAAAACUUUAGUCGUGUUAGAGAAAACCUGUAUUCUCCAAAACAAAACUCAAGUGACACGUCCAGGGGUACUUCAACAGCUACAGGAAGAGCUCCUCCAAAUAAACGACGCCGUGUAAGAGGUGGUGGUGCCGGUUCCGCUACAGCUGGUCGAACACCGAACAGUAGUGUACAGGCUGAUGCUGAGGCACCUAUUCAAGUAUCUGAACUGCUAGGUGACCUCCAACCAAAAGGCGUUGAAGAGGCCUUGAAGGAAGAUAUUGUCGUUGACGAUCUGGAGGACAUGGAAGACUAUUAUGAACUUUACGAUAUGAAUGAUCUAGUCAUGAUCCACCCUUACGAUGGUGACAUGGAUGAACGAAUUUUGGAAGAAGCUCGUCCACGGUAUAUCAUUAUGUACGAGCCAGAUUCUGCAUUCAUUCGCCGUGUAGAGGUAUACCGCAGUUCUCAUACUGACCGCAACGUGCGAGUAUAUUUUAUGUAUUAUGGGGGUUCAGUCGAGGAGCAGCGUUACUUAAGUGCAGUCCGGAGGGAAAAGGAUGCAUUUACAAAGCUGAUCAAAGAAAAGAGCGGCAUGGCUCUCACUCUUAGCCAUGACAAAAGCCUCGAGGAUCCCGAGGAACAAUUCUUGAGAACCGUCAACACCCGAAUCGCUGGUGGUGGUAGACUCGCAGCAACGUCAGCUCCACCUACUGUUGUGGUUGAUGUUCGCGAAUUCCGAAGUGCCCUGCCGUCAUUACUACAUGGACGUAGCAUUGUUGUCGUCCCUUGUCAAUUGACAGUUGGUGAUUAUGUCUUAACCCCUGAUAUUUGUGUUGAGCGAAAGUCAGUUCGCGAUUUGAUUAGCUCUCUAAAAAACGGGCGUCUCUAUAAUCAAGCAGAAACCAUGCUACAGCACUACAAAACCCCGCUUCUUUUGAUCGAGUUCGACCAAAACAAGUCCUUCACAUUCGACGCUUUUGCUUCAUCCUCGAUUCCUAGCACAGGCUUCCUUUCUGAUUAUGCUUUCACAUCGCCCGGUAACCCUGCCGCAGCAGCAAAUACGUCCUUAGUUAAUCCAUCUAGCCCCAAGUCCGCACAACACAUGCUUGUUCUUCUAACCCUUGCUUUCCCACGGCUUAAAAUCAUUUGGUCCUCUUCGCCAUAUCAAACAGCCGAGAUUUUCGCCGAGUUGAAAAAGAACAAUCCUGAGCCUGACCCCAUCCGAGCUGUGCAAAUCGGACUUGAUGUUGACAUUACUGCGUCGUCAAACUCUGGUGAUGUUAUGGCCGCUGCUGGUAUAGAGCAUCGAACUUUCAACCAGCUUCCGCAGGACAUGCUCCGCUCUAUACCUGGGGUAAAUCCUGCAGUCCUCGAUUGCCUAAUCCUAGAAACAGAAAACAUUCACCAACUCGCAAACAUGGAUGUAGAGGACUUAAACCCGCUGGUUGGGAGAGAAACAGGUCGGAAAAUAGUCAGGUUUUUCAGGAAAAAUGUUUUUGAAAAUGGAGAGGCUGAAGGCUCGUCAGUUUGA